AUGGGCCUGUUUGAUAAAAUUAAAUCGAAUGUAGAAAUGUGGAAAAUAGAAAGAUAUACUAAACGUAGAAAUGUGAAUUCUCCUGACUUUGAACAAAAAGACAAGGAAUUUUAUCGUCAAAAUUAUAAAGAUGGAGUUUAUCUUCAUCAAUCACCUGAUAACUCGAUACGCACAAAUAACAAUUUUAUUAGUUCACUUAGCAGAAAGACAACCUUAUUAAAAGCAACAAAAACUGAAAAGAUCUUGCGCUCGUCAGAAAACUAUAAUAGAUCUGCUCGAUGA